ACAAACUUACAGUACUUUGUUUGCUUGCUCAACCUACUACAGUAACAAUACUUUGUUACACGCACGGGAUGUAACUACUAACUAUGUAAGGUAACCCAUGACCGGCCGUGAGGAGCUGUUCUUCAGUGCAUUUCCGAUCGGCCAAUAUAUAAGACCCAUCGGCCAUUGCCUUGGGAAUAUCGCAUAUGCUCUCAGUUGCUUCCCUAGCAGCUCCACCAUCUAACUUGCAGCAACCAAACAAAGGUUUCGGUUCGAUCUAGUCGCUUUGCGCCGCAAGUCUUCUCCGAUCAACUUCAACCUCUUGGCUCUCUUCUUGGUUCUUGCCCAGCCGCCUCUCCAGCUCCACCAUCUCAGCUUGCUCCGCUCGGAAAAUGGCGUCCCCGUUGACAGAAGCCUCGCCUCCGCCGACCAUCCGAGACGUCAUCGGCCGCGAUGACGACGACGACGACAACUUCAUAGCUGAGGAAGAAGAGGAAGAGGAAGAGGAAGAGGAGGAGGAGGAGGAAGAGUGGGACAUGAGCAAGCGCCUGUCGCGCCUGUCCAUGGAGGGCUCCGACGGCGGCGACGCCGACGACGAGGACGGCGGGGAUGAAGCGGAGGAUGAGGAGGACGACGAGUUCGAGGUGCGGUCGGACGUCAACGCCGCGACGUACGGCGGCGCGUGGCCCCCUCCGUACGACGUGCAGGCCCCGUCGUCGGCGUCGCUCCCGGGCACGCCCGACCGCGGCGCGCGGGCGGCGGCGGCGCGGUCGUCGUCGUCGCCGCCGUGGUGGCCCGGGACGAGCGGCGGCAAGGAGUACGCGAGCGAGACGGAGGCACGGUGGCCGCCCGGCGCCGGCAGGCGGCAGCGGUACCACCACCGCGAGCGGAUGGCGCGGGAGGUGUGGCUGGAGCGCGCGUGGCGGGCGCGGAAGCAGCGGCAGGAGGCGGCGGCGGCGGUGCCCGUGGUGGUUCUCGGCGGCGGAGGCGGCGAGUCCCCCGCCGCGGGGCGCGGCGGUGUGGCGAUGGACAUGGAGGAGGUCCGCGCGUGCCGCGACCUGGGCCUGGGCCUCCCCUGCGACUGGACCGUGGAGAUCCCCUGCCACGCGCUCUCCGGCGUCGACACCGCCAGCAGCGGCGGCAACUCGCCGGCCUCCGGCAGCUGGCGCAUCUCCAGCCCCGGGGACGACCCCAAGGACGUGAAGGCGCGGCUCAAGGUGUGGGCCCAGGCGGUGGCGCUCGCCUCCGCCGCCUCCCGCCUCGGCUCGUGAAAGAUCCGGAGUUCCAGGCGGCGGCGGCGGGUCCAGGAACUCACUAUCCAAGCUUCCUUCGGCUGACGACGAUGCGGGCACGUGAUCACCAAGAGAGAUAACCCCGUCAUCUCCAACAUUAACCGUCUUCCAAACUCAUCAGGGAAAAAAACAACUAAAAAAAGGAACAGUUGCUUCUGCCAGCAUUUUUGGGUUCCACUGUACAAAUAUGCACGCGUCGUAAGAGUGUGUGUGUGUGGUCGUAGCUAGUUUUAGCAUUUCUCCCCGAAGAAAAGAAAAGAAAAGAAAGCUAGUAUAGGAUUAGCAUGCAUGUGGUUUGGUCAGGGAGCUAGCCGUACGUGCACAGCGCGCACGGGGUCGCUGGGGGUGGCACGUGCAGCGCCGUGGGCCGUGUGUGUGUGUGUGUGUGUUUUGCGUUGCAUGAUUGUUGUUGUACGAGUAUAGUAAGAGUGCAGGUGAAGAAAACAGAACAAAUGUUUUUUUGCCAUGGAUGAUGCCUGUUGUUUGGCCAGUGGGGAGCAUGGCGGCCCCAACAGCUUUACAGGUGUUCUUCAUCCAUGCGUUCCGGUACACUAUAGAAGGGCAGAGAACAGAUUCAUGCA